AUGCAGCCUUCAUUAAACCCUACCACUUCAUUUCAAACAACAACAACAACACCAACACCACUUUCAUCAUCAUCAAUGAUCAUGGGAAAUGUUGGAUCGACAACAAGUUUCGGAAGCAGUAAAAAUUCGUCGAGCCCUCUCGCAACCACUAUCUUUGAAACGUCCUAUGAUUUCAGCAAGAGUGUCGGACUGCAAAUCAAAAAUCUGGUACUCACUCUUGAUAAGAAUAAUUACCGAGGAAAUGUAUCGGAAAUUGAAAAGAUUUUAAAACAAUACGGAUUUGAAGCGUACCGACAUUUUCUUACAACUCUCCUUUCCUCUAUCAAUUUUUACAACAUUACACAAAAAGACAAAUCAAAACUUCAAUUAUUGAGCCAAGAAUUUGCCAAAUUGACCACUCAAACCAAUUUUACUUCCAUUAUUUUGAGAGCCUUUUCAGAAGGAGUUGAGAAUGGACUAAAAGUUGAAUUUAUUUCACAAUUUUCUCGUACCCUCAAUUUACCACUCUCACAACAAGUAUUAUUGGGAAUUGCUUUGGCAGAGUCUCACUCUCCUCUCAUUCAAAAAGAAGGUAUGUGUGUUAAAGUAUUUUUCAUUGUGUGUGGCUAA